AUCUAAUCCAUUGUUUUCCUCUGUUUCCCUCCAUAGGUGCAAAGGCGAUUCAACGCCUGAACUCCAACUGAAUAGAAGAACAUCCCCAAGACCAGAUGCAAUGGAGAUGUUCAAUUUCACCAACUUCACCUACUGGAAUGCCUCAGAAGGCACUGACGCAGGGCCUGUCAUUGAACCCGAAAGCCCAUACAAGACUGUGGAGGUGGUGUUCAUCGUAUUGGUGGCUGGGUCCCUCAGCCUGGUCACCGUUAUUGGAAAUAUCCUGGUCAUGCUUUCCAUUAAGGUCAAUAGGAACCUACAGACGGUCAACAACUACUUUUUAUUCAGCCUUGCAUGUGCUGACCUAAUCAUCGGGCUGUGUUCCAUGAACCUGUACACAGUAUACAUAGUGAUUGGCUACUGGCCCUUAGGGCCUGUGGUGUGUGAUCUGUGGCUAGCCUUGGACUAUGUAGUGAGUAACGCAUCUGUCAUGAACCUACUCAUCAUCAGUUUUGACAGAUACUUCUGUGUCACAAAGCCCCUCAGCUACCCUGUCAAAAGGACCACCAAGAUGGCAGGGAUGAUGAUUGCUGCUGCCUGGGUCCUGUCCUUCAUUCUGUGGGCCCCGGCCAUCCUAUUCUGGCAGUUCAUCGUGGGCGGGCGGACUGUGCCUGAGAGGGAGUGUUACAUUCAGUUCUUCUCUAAUGCAGCAGUCACCUUCGGCACGGCCAUCGCAGCCUUCUACCUGCCCGUUAUCAUCAUGGUCAUUCUCUACAUACAGAUCUCUAUAGCCAGUAAAAGCCGGGUGAAGAAAGAGACCAGGAAGCCGUCAGGGCCCAACCUAGAGGCCCUGUCCCAAGAGCAGGCAAGGGGCAGUACUACUGCCAAGCCCAUCAACAACAACCUGACAGCAGAAGACACAGAGCAGGGCAGGAUCGAAGCCACAGAUGACGUGGCCAAUCAGCACGAAGGUAAACUGCAGAACGGCAAGGGCCCGUCCACCACGGGUGGAGAGGGGGAGAUGGAGGGUGUGGACAGGGGUAGGGAGAACUGUGCCCACGGAGAGGAGAAAGAGAGCUCCAACGACUCGACAUCUGGCAGUGCAGCUGCGUCCAACCACAAAGAUGAAGAAGCGGUGCCAUCCAGAGCAAACUGCAACACCGAGCUCGUUCAGCAGCCAACCCGCCACCGGGCCAAGGCAGGCGGCUCCAAACUCACCUGCAUCAAGAUUAAGACCAAGUCUCCCAAGGGGGACUGCUACACGCCCUCCAACGCCACGGUGGAGAUUGUCCCCGCCACGGAGAAGCAGAACCACGUGGCGCGGAAAAUCGUGAAGAUGACCAAGCAGCCGCCCAAGAAGAAGAAAGCGCCACCGUCUCGGGAGAAGAAGGUGACCCGUACCAUCAUGGCCAUCCUGGUGGCCUUUGUGGCGACCUGGACACCUUACAAUGUCAUGGUGCUCAUCAACACCUUCUGCUCCAGCUGCAUCCCCAGCACGGUCUGGACUAUCGGCUACUGGCUGUGCUACAUCAACAGCACCAUCAACCCCGCCUGCUAUGCCCUCUGCAAUGCCACUUUCAAAAAGACAUUCAAACAUCUCCUCCUCUGCCAAUACAAAAACAUUAGGUCAGCUAGAUGAAUAUGGAUGCGAGUGUUCGAGUGUGCGUGUGUGCAUGUGUGUGCGUGUGUGAGAGAGAGAGAGAGGUUUAUGAUGUGGUCCCUUUCCUUUGUUUUUACUCUACGGCUCAUAAGAAAACAUGUAUCCUGCAGCCAUGUUGGGUUUGGCUCUGAUGAAUGAGAUUUGUGAUGCAACUGUUGAGACAUAAGACUUACAAAGAAGAGCACAGCCAGGAGAACAAAUACAUCGAACAUGAAAAGGACAGUUGGAUAGAGAGCUCGCCACUGCACAAGACGAAUUCUAAGGGAAAAUAGGGCUGACUGAAUUCACAUACUUCCCGUUUGAAAUUCAGUGUAAAAAAAAGAAACCUGUAUAUAUCAAUGUAUACGCAAAAUCUAAACGUGUGUGUGUGUGUGUGAUUGUCUGUGUGUGUGUGUGUGUGUGUGUGUGUCUGUGUGUGUGUCUGUGUGUGUGUGUGUGUGUGUGUGUGUGUGUGUGUGUGUGUGUGUGUGUGUGUGUGUGUGUGUGUGUGUGUGUGUGUGUGUGUGUGUGUGUGUGUGUGUGUGUGUGUGUGUGUGUGUGUGUGUGUGUGUGCAUCUGUCUGAGCGUGACAGAAUGAUCCAUCACACAGUUUCAGUGGAGAUGUCCGCCAGUGAAGACAGCACAAGGACAUACAGUACAUACUACACACUGUUAUCUGUAUGCUGGUGGCUCUCUGUGUUGGCGGCACACAAAGCAGAGCAGCUUGUCUAAACUGCCUCUCUGACAUGUUCAUAUACGACUGAGUAACAUGGCUGGGAGCCCUCCUAUCUCCAGGGAUGGACCAUAAGUGGCCCCUGAAGGGCAUAACAAGACAGAGACCAGGCCUGGCCAGGGUCACCUCUCACCACAACGUAGGACUGAGGUUAGGAAACUUAUUUUGAAAAAAGGUCAUAAGUAAACAAAUAAAUAGAUAAUGUCAAAAAUACAUCCAAAAAGGCAUUGUUCAAUUACAUUAUUUAGCUUGCUAUUCGUUUUCCACAUACUUUUAGAUGAUCGGCGAUUUGAUCUCUUACAAUUCAUUACAUGAAGAGUUUGACGUUUAUUUGAUUGUAUAUUAAGAUAUUUUUUUGUCAGAUAGUCUAAACUCGUAGAAAAAAAAGGUGCUAACUAGAACCAAAAAGGGUUAUUUGGCUGUCACCGUAGGAGAACCCUUUGAAGAACCCCUUUUGGUUCCAGUAGAACUCUUUUGCGUUCCAUGUAGAACCCUUUCCACAGAGAGUUCUACAUGGAACCCAAAAGAGUUCUACCUGUAAACAAAAAGGAUUCUACCUGAAACCAAAAAGGGUUCUCCUAUGGGGACAGCUUCAGACCCCUUUUGGAGCCUGUUUUCUAAAAGUGUAUUGAUGCUUGGAGCUUGUAAAUUCAUUCAGAGGGUGGCAGUUGGCAGGGGCUUGGAGCCAAAGCCUAUUCAAAUAUACAGGAAGGGAUCUUGUGCUUUUCCAGGGGUGAGUUGGAUAUUCCCCUGAGAUUGGAAUUUCAACAUAAUUUGAUCCUGCUAUGUUGCAGAUGUUACAGCCUGUAACAAGAGCCACCCACUGUUGUAUGUCAGUCCUGACUGAUAAUGAAGAGAAAGAUUGAAAAGGAUUUUAUUUUUGUCUUGCUGUCAUCAGAGGUGGUUUUUAUUCGUUGAGUAGGGGUUACCAAGGUUGUAGAGUGAAAGAAAAAGAGUGUCAUAUCGUGGAGAUUUUAGCGGUUAUUUCAGUCCAUGUUUCUGUUGUUACUCCGGAAUGGGGUUAAAUACCAAUAAUUACAGGCCAUGGCCUUGUGAAUUAUAAGGGCUACUCGAUGUUAGAUGUACUAAUUCAUCUACGUGUGUGUGUGUGUGUGUGUGUGUGUGUGUGUGUGUGUGUGUGUGUGUGUGUGUGUGUGUGUGUGUGUGUGUGUGUGUGUGUGUGUGUGUGUGUGUGUGUGUGUGUGUGUGUGUGUGUGUGUGUGUGUGUGUGUGUGUGUGUGUGUGUGUGUGUGUGUGUGUGAGUGUGUGGAGGUGUUUAACUGUUAAUAAACAAACAAAAAUUUGAACAACUGGGGACAUUUUGUUAGUCCCCACGAGGUCAAAUGCUAUUUCUGGGCGGUUUAGGGUUAAGAUUAGAAUUAGGGUUAUGGUUAGUAGCAAGGGUCACACCAUACCCAAACCGGCGUGCGCCAUCGUGCCAAAAUUGAUUUUGUGCCCCCAAACGCGAUCAAGACACGCAGGUUAAAAUAUAAAAACUAACUCUGAACCAAUUACAUUAAUUUGUGGACAGGUCAAAAAGUAUUAAACAUUUAUGGCAAUUUAGCUAGCUAGCUUGCUGUUGCUAGCUAAUUUGUCCUGGGAUAUAAACGUUGAGUUGUUAUUUUACCUGAAAUGCACAAGGUCCUCUACUCCGACAAUUAAUCCACACAUAAAACGGUCAACCGAAUCGUUUCUAGUCAUCUCUCCUCCUUCCACGCUUUGUCUUCUUUGGACUUUAUGUAGUUUAUAUAGCUACCAUGACGACCAACCGAACUCAAUUAAUCUUUCAAUCACCCACGUGGGUAUAACCAAUGAGGAGAUGGCACGUGGGUAUCUGCUUGUAACGGCUGUCGACGUCGUUCUCCUCCUCAGACGAGGAGGAGCAUGGAUCGGACCAACACGCAGCGAGGUAUGUAGACAUGAUGAUUUUAAUAAUAAGAACGAAGACGGAAAAACACUUGAACAAACUACAAAACAACAAACGACGUUAAACAGACCUGAACAUGAGAACUUACAUAACACGAAGAACGCACGAACAGGAACAGACUAAAUAAACGAAACAGUCCCGUGUGGUGACGAACACAAACACGGAAGACAAUCACCCACAAACAAACAGUGAGAACAGCCUACCUUAAUAUGGUUCUCAAUCAGAGGAAACGUCAAACACCUGCCUCUAAUUGAGAACCAUAUCAGGCAACACAUUUAACCCAACAUAGAAACACAUAACAUAGAAUGCCCACCCCAACUCACGCCCUGACCAACUAAACACAUACAAAAACAAUGGAAAACAGGUCAGGAACGUGACACUGCUUCUAUAAACCAAUGAGGAGAUGGGAGAGGCAGGACUUGCACCGUGUUCAGCGUCACAAAUAAAACUGACUUCUAUUUUAGUGCUUGGGAACGCAGACGCUCGUUGGCGCAUGCGAGCAGUGCGGCAUGCAAUAAUUGAAUAACAUGUAUGUUUACAUUUAUUUUGCAACGAGCGCACGCGACGUGAGCGGUGUGGUCAGCAUGUUAGGGUUAGGAGCUAGGGUUAGAGUUAAGGCUAGGUUUUUGGGGUAAGGUUAGGGUUAAGGUUAGGGUUAGGAUAAGAGUAUGGGUUAGGGUUAGUUUUAAGUUUAGGGUUAGGGGUUAGGGAAAAUAAGAUUUUGAAUUGGACUGAAUUGUGUGUCCCCACAAGGUAUAGCUGUACAAUACUGUGUGUGUGUGUGUGUGUGUGUGUGUGUGUGUGUGUGUGUGUGUGUGUGUGUGUGUGUGUGUGUGUGUGUGUGUGUGUGUGUGUGUGUGUGUGUGUGUGUGUGUGUGUGUGUGUGUGUUUCAUCACAUGAAUAUAGAUUAUAGAUGAAGUCUGUACUGUUUAUGUAUGUCUGUUUUAAUGAGAUCACAGUCUAAUGACGUUAGAAAUAAUACGAUACUAGAAUUCCCAUGGUUUUGUGCCAUACUGUUUGUGUCCAUACACUUUGUCCACACCGUAUGCUGUUUUCCAACACAGUCCAUUUAUCUCUGACAUGCUAAUGUAUUCCAAUUUAAGUAAUGAAUAUAAAGCAGCCAUAGGAUGGUCGCCACGUUGGUUGCUAGGGGGGCUUAACAGAAAAUGACACCAGCAUUGAGCAACCCCUUAAGGCAGGCUCCUUAAGGAGAGAUAUGGGACAGGCCUUUAAUGGAAACUCACCAUGAGCCUGAUCAGAUUAUAAAAUGAUGUGGAACACCUACUGGAGAUUAAAGAUUGGCCGUUACGCGCUCGGUUUACACAGCCCCUCCCCUCCCGUCCCACUUAGUGUCCCACUUGCUCCUGAUCCCGUUAUGUGUGACUGUGACGUCCCCUAUAUCAGGCAUUGUUUAAAGGCCUGUGAAACAUAACGAACAACAUAUUUACAUUUACUAUCUAUCUCUAUCUCCCUAUCUCCCUCUCCCUCUCCCUCUCCCUCUCUCUCUCUCUCUCUCUCCCUCUCUCUCUCUCUCUCUCGAUCUCUCUCUCGCUCUCUCUCUCUCUCUCUCUCUCUCUCUCUCUCUCUCUCUCUCUCUCCCUCUCUCUCUCUCUCUCUCUCUCUCUCGAUCUCUCUCUCUAUCUCCCUCUCCCUCUCCCUCUCCCUCUCUCUCUCUCUCUCUCUCCCUCUCUCUCUCUCUCUCUCUCUCUCGAUCUCUCUCUCUAUCUCCCUCUCCCUCUCCCUCUCCCUCUCUCUCUCUCUCUCUCUCCCUCUCUCUCUCUCUCUCUCUCUCUCUCUCUCUCUCUCUCUCUCGAUCUCUCGAUCUCUCUCUCUCUCUCUCUCUCUCUCUCUCUCUCUCUCUCUCUCUCUCUCUCUCUCUCUCUCUCUGACAUUGUCCCCCAGUGUCUCCUCCCCCUUAAUGACAUUGUUAUGACUAACAUCGCCCCCAAUAUUAUAAAGAUAAAAGACAACGCAACCUACUGCAAAUUCACUAGAGGCGUCAAAAUAACACAAAAUUUAGGUCAUGAGUAAUUAUUAAUAAAUUCUGCUUUUAAUGGAAAUAGUGAUGGCAAAGGAAGUGGAAGAGGAUAAAUCUGAAUCCUUGCAGUCUUCCUUAUUUAAAUGCAGGUUGUCCUCUGGAAGCCUGGCACGUAUAAUUCAGUGAAUCUGUUCGACUGCCCGAGCCCAGCAGUGUGCGCGAGGCAUCCAUCCAAGUUCACAAUCCAGCCAUCCGUCAGGUUGAUAAGUGGACCCAUGUCUGGGUGUCAUCUGUCACACGUCUCAGUGGUUGGUGUUGCUAAGAGCCUCCUGGCUUCCCAGAACGGAACGGCUGAUUCAGCUCAGGCUAAGCUGUUGUUUGAGUGAUACCAGCAGGAAAGUAAGUGCUCUCCAACACAACUGGUGGUCUGGGUCUUUUUUGAGAACAGUUAUCCGGGUGUUUGACGGAAAGUGACAGCCAUUUAUCACCAAUGGAGGGACAGGGUUCACCGCCCCCAGACAAGAUGGCUGUCACUCACUGAGUCUCCGCGGAAUGCUCUUUCAGCUGCUUUCAGACAAAGUGGAAAGCUCACACCCCUUUAGCACUCCUCACCUGUCAACAGCAUAUUGUUUGACUAACAGGACAAAAGAAAUCCUGCGCUGUCCACUUUGUACGGUCCGAUAAGCCCGCAUUUGUAGUCACAGUUGCAGAGAGGCGGCCUGUCGUCCACAGGAUACACAACAGGCUCUCACAUCUUAGGUACCAUGUUUAGAUACUGUCAGCCAUUUCAGACAGGGUCAGCCAAAGGUUUCCACAAAAUAAAUAAUCCGUCCUUCAGGGAUCACACGUUACUGUAUAGUCUAGAGAAUGAUGGAAACAAAGUGAUGGAGUACAGUAACUCUCAGAUGGAUUUUGGCUAGACUUUUUAUUACCAUACUGUAACAACAGGACGUGCUCGCUGUCCAUGUGGGGGGGUGUAUUUCUCAUUGAGUGGAUUCACUUGUCAACGUACAAAGAGCCUCAUUCCACUGUUUUAUUUCCCUUUCAUCACAUAAACAUUGUCUCCAUGGCGUCAACAGAUCAUCAUGUGCCGUCUGAGCUAGCUGUGCUCCUCUUCACACGGCUUGUUUCAAAGGGCUAAACCAUUUUAGGGAGAUGUAUUUUUCCCUAAAUGUUUGAUUGUGAUUGAUUAAAUGUUGGGGGAUUUUUUGGUUUAGUAGUUAGUUAGUUAGAAUUGUGAUGUUUUGAUAGUGUACUUGACAAAUGUGUGAAAGAGUAUUUAUUUAGAUUGUUACUGUGUUGUUUGGUCUGUUCUUGAGCAGAGGGUUAGUACCCAUUGAGAUGGGAGCAUCCUGAGUCUCUGUUUCCAGUUGAGAUAGUUGGGCUGCUUCUGCCACGUAUAGCCGUGUUUCCAAGGCGAUGUGGUAUGUGAAGUGUAUCUGAACCGACAAAUAUAUCGCCACAUUGUAUACUGAGCAAUUUGAAGUGCCUUAUUACUUAUUAACCAUUCUUAUAAUUGCUCAUUGAUAUUUAAAUGGAUGUUUUAUAUUUUCAGUUGAUGAAAUCUUUGUUAGAUGGUGGUGCAAUUUAAGGUGACAGUCAUAGAUGUAGAAAAGCACAAGAUCAUCUAAAGCCUAAAAUGUUUAUUUUCUCCUUCUUCCUUGUGGUCGUGGAAGGCAUAGGUUUUGUAAAAGGGGGAAAACGUAUCUAAUUCAUCCCUGGAGGUUUGGAGGGUACUUUAACACGUGUGUGUGUGUGUGUGUGUGUGUGUGUGUGUGUGUGUGUGUGUGUGUGUGUGUGUGUGUGUGUGUGUGUGUGUGUGUGUGUGUGUGUGUGUGUGUGUGUGUGUGUGUGUGUGUGUGUGUGUGUGUGUGUGCAGGGAUGUCAUGCACCCCAAAAAUGUAUGUGAAGAUGGCUGGGGGGUGGUCCUGAGGGGGGCUAAUUUGGCAUUUUUCAAACACCUGAAAUAGCUUUUUUCCUGCAAUCUAGAGACAUAAUCAUUAUGCUUAAUUAUAUGUCAAAAUGUGUCUAUACCUCGUGAGCUGUCUGCAUCCUCCUGACUGGUGGUUCUUUUUUUAAACUAACUAAAUAUGCUUCUCUGCAUCUCUGCUAAGAUCUGGGUAAAAGAUUGAAAGGAAUGUGAGUCUUAUUCAGUACAUUUAGUAAUUGCUUGCUUUUCUAAAGUCUGCCAACCUUGCCAGCAGGCAUGCCAGCAAAGAUAGUUAGACAAGCUAGCUACUCUAACUUGAUAGCCUGAAAUGGCUUCAUGGUAGCUAUUUAUGCGGUCGGGAGAUUGGGAACCUAUCUGGGCUAGCUAAAACCAACUUUAUAAAAUUGCAAGGUGGCUAGUAGUAUGGUGGGUAGUAGUACAGAGAAAACAACGACAACAACACGUGCGUGCGUGCGCGCGUGCGUGUGUGCUUUGCUUUGCUCUAUAAGAGACCCUCAGCAUGUCAAAGCACCAAGUGGCAUCUGUAAAUAAAGACAACCCCAUAGAAACACAAGCCACGCAUUGCAUUCAGGGGGGCAAGAAACACUCAAGAAUUCAACAAACAAUGUUGUUUCUGUCCUCACCUCACAUUCCCUGUUUGAAAAGUGUCUCAAAAGCAAGUGGCUUCCAAAGACACACUCUGAAAGAUAAAGAUACAAGACAAACAUUUAUUUUUGCCUAAACACAUGUAAACACAAUAUGAUCAUCAUACUGUACAUUUUAUAUCACGUUUUAUAAAGCUAUAUCUAUUAUAUUGUUGUACAAAAUCUAGAAUUGAACAGUGUAUCAGUAUGUGUUAGAUCAGUACUGCAUCCAGACUGAACAUGUGUUUAUUGGAGUGACAAUAUUAUGGUGGGAAAGAAAGAAUCAUCGUUAAGUGAAUGAGAAAACAAAUGCAAUUCUGAGAGAACGGACCACUGCCGUGUGACAUUUCAAACUGAACUAAAGUACACUCAACUGUCCCAGUUAACUUUUCUUUUUACUCUGUCCCAUGUUUGGGCUUUGUGAGACUGGCGAUCAGUCGAAGACGAGAAUCAAGUGGUAACCUGCUGAAUCUGUAGAGAAGAAAAAACCAUUACUUACAAACAAUGAAGUGCCGAUUGAUCAGCCAAGAGGGAUGUGUGUUUGGCAUCCAUUUUGUCUCAACUUGUAAAUGAGUGAUGAGCGAAAAGGGACACAGACUGACCGUAGAGAGAAACUGUGAGACCAGCUGCUACAACAUGCAGUGUAGUAUUGGAAACAUCUGGACUUCUUCCAGAUAUCUGGGGUAAUUGUUAUUGAAACAUAUUCAAAGUCUCGAGGGAAUGAACCAUUUUGAACCAUUGUAGGUGUGACUUCAUUUAAAUAUCUCUUCAAAUGGACAAACAGAAUACAAAUGAUGAAAACUUAUAUUGUGGAAAAUGUAUAUACAGCAGUGUACACUCUUCCAAAAGGGUGUCAGCUGUCCCCAUAGGAGAACCCUUUUUGGUUCCAGGGAGAACCCUUUUUGGUUCCACAUAGAACCCUCUGUGGAAAGGGUCCUACAUGAAACCCAAAAGGGCUCUAUCUUGGAACCAAAAGGGUUCUACUUGGAACCAAAAAGAGUUCUUAAAAGGGUUAUCCUAUGGGGACAGCCGAAGAACCCUUUAAGGUUCUAGAUAGCUCCUUUUUUUUCUUACGAGUGUACAGGGUGUUCAUUUUUCAGUUGCGUCAGUAUGUAAAUCGAAUCAUUGUGCUCUCAUCCACUGUGGCUCAUGGCUCCUAAUACGGUCGAUAUAUUGUCUGUUUAAAACGUAUUAUUUUAAUUGUAUAUAUCUCUAUAGUAUACAUUAUAUGUCAUUUGGAUGAGGUACAGUUGAAAUGUACAUAAGUCUACACAUGUUUAAUAGCUAUCUGAGUGUUCCCUUCCCUUCUCACCUUCCCUUGUCCUAAUAUGAUACUCCCUCACCCCUAAUGUACAGUAAUAAUGUUAAUGAUUUCCUUUGCGCCAUUAGUUGAUUGUUUAAUAGUUCUGGACAAUGAAGCUGAGUGUUAAUAUCACUGGCCACUCACUCACUUAUGAAGCUGUAAAAUAUUAACCACAUUCCGUGGAUUUAUGGUGGCAUAUUCAUUUUUUAAAUCAAUUCAAAUAAAAUGUAUGAAAAACGUU